AUGGCGCCGCUGCUGUGGCAGGUGCUGUUGCCCGCCCUGGCGCUCGCCCUCGGCCCCUCGGCCACCGGAGGGUCGCGCCGGCUCCCGGCGCUGGAGGCGCUGGGCGAGGCGGAGGAGCUGGCGGAGGAGCUGUGGGGGGCGGGGCUGCCCGGAGACCUGCCCGAGCUGGAGCCCGAGUGCCGCCAGCUCCUCGCCGACUUCGCGGAGGGCAGCGCGGCGCUGACGGGUUGCCUGGGCCGCAGCGCCCGCCCGGUGCGGCUGUGCCAGGCCUGCCAUCCCCACUACCGGCACCUCCUCGCACAGUACGGCAACAUCGCCCGUGCCGUUGGGAAUUCUUCUGAGAGCCACAAUUGUGCCAAAAGCAUCUUGACCUCAGACAGGCUGCAAAUAGUUGUGACCCUUUCUGACUUCUUCAAUGAAACCUGGGAGGCAGCCAACUGUCCAAAUUGUUUAAAGAACAACAGUGAGGGAUUAUCAGAUUCUACUGUAGAAUUCCUGGAUUUAUUCAAUAAAUCUCUGACAUGUUUUGAACAUAACCUUCAGGGACAAACCAUCCAUCUGUCACCAAAUAACUACACAGAAGUAUGUAAAAACUGCAACGAAACCUACAAGAUGUUGAAUGACCUGUAUAACAACUUGCAAAGAUUGAACAGGCAAGGUGGUGAGUCUGGGCACUCUGCACACUUGUGUAUCGACGUGGAAGAUGCAAUGAAUAUCACUCGGAAGCUUUGGAGUAGGACUUUCAACUGUUCUCUUCCCUGCAGUGAUACAGUCCCAGUGAUUGCAGUUUCAUCCUUUAUUCUCUUCCUACCUAUUGUUUUUUAUCUUAGUAGCUUCCUUCACUCAAAGCAGAAGAAGCGGAUACUCAUUUUGCCCAAGCGCAUCCAGUCAAAUGCCAGUCUUGUGAACAUCCAAGAAAAAUACAGCUGAGCUGCAAAACAAAACCUGAGAACUGCUGCUGGUAUACAGUGGGUACAAUUGUGUUGGAAUGAGGCCGGCACAAAAGAGGAGUUAAUUACGGUUUAGUGUAAUGAUACAGAGCAACACAAGUUAAACAAAAUGCUGUCUGACUUCUAAGCGAGCAUAUUAACAAACAUGACAAGGCAGGGCUGUGUGACACUGUAUGGACUCUGGUUUUGGAAAAUCUGUGGUUUUUUUCCUUUCAGUCUUGAGUUGAAGCUGGUUUUUCUGUUUCUAAGCUUUUGUACUUCUCAUCAGUAGAGUAGCUGCACUUCUCUUGCAUAGUCUUGUUUCAUAUUUAUCUUAUUUGCUUCCUAGAAACCUAAGAUUCAGAAUCUUUUUGAGGUGAUUUUUGUAGACAGACAAAACUUGAAAUAAUAUUUGAUGUUCCUGCUUGAAACAUUAGGUUAAAUUCUCCAUAACACUCAGUCUUGCCAGUCUUGGGAGGGACAGGAAAUCUUUAAAAACAUCCCCAUCUUUCCUAUACUCCUCUCAAGUCAUGCUGCUGGUAUCAGUUAAAAGAAAA